AUGCCACCUGUUACGCCCCGCGUGCCGGUAGUGGUGUGCGACAUGGGCACGAGCACCACCCGCCUCGGGUACGCCGGCAACAGCGCGCCGACGUUUGAGUUGCCGACCGUCUGUGCCUGGGCCGAUCCCUUGUCGUACGACACCCUUCACGUGGGUCACGAGGCCGAUCAGCCGUCGAGGCACGCCGUCACACAUCACCGCCGUCUUGUGGAUCACGGCACGGUGGCGGACUGGGACCUGUACGAGGAGUACUGGCGGCAUCUCUUCCACCGUCACCUCUGCGUCGAGUCGUCGGACGUGGGCGUGGUGCUGACGGAGGCUGCAAAGACCGCACCGGAGCAGCGCGAAGCGACGGCGGAAAUCCUCUUCGAGAGCUUUGGCGUUCCGCAGCUCUCGAUGGGCUCGCAGGCCCUCUUUGCGCUGAGCAGUGUGGGCAACGGCGCCGACACUGGUUUGGUGGUGCUGAGCGGUGCCGGGAUGACGCAGGUCGUGCCGGUGGUGGACGGCUAUGCCCUGGACGGUGCCGCACAGCAUUUCCAGAUUGCAGGCGGGGAUAUCACACAGUACGUGCUGGACAGCCUGCGUGAACACACGCGUGACAUCGCGGCGGAGCGUGCGUGGGACGUGGCAGAGCGGGUUAAAAGGUCAUACCUUUAUGUCGCUGAGGACGCUGCUAAGGAAAUGGCCCAGUUUGAGGCCGACCCUCUCGCACACGUCCUUCAUCACAGUGAGGUGCACUGGCGCACCGGGCAUCCCUACGCGGUGAGGGUUGGUCGUGAGCGCUUCCUCGCGGCGGAGACGAUGUUCCAACCGGCGCUGCUGCAGCCCCGCUGGACGACCGCCUUGCCAGGUGUGAUGGAUGCCGUGGUGUGGGCCUGCCCGAUGGACUGCCGACGUCGUCUCUACGCCAACGUCGUCGUGUGCGGCGGCAACAUGCGUUUUCCCGGGCUGACGAAGCGGCUGGAGCGGGCCUUGCGUGCACUGCUCGAGAAGCAUACCGCCGACUUCGUCGCUGCAUCGAACGGGGCAACGGGAAAGCCGGCGGAGUACGAAGUCCGCGUGACGGACUGCUCGCGUGACCGAAACGCGGUCUGGAAGGGCGGAAGUUUGUUCGGUGCCAGCGCCCGGUUUGCCGCAGAGGCCGUGACGCGUGCCGAGUACCAGGAGCGCGGGCACUUCAGUGCUGACGCGGCGUAG